AUGGAUUCCACAAAAAUAUUGAAUAAAUGUUGCAACUUGUUAAAUAACCUAAAAAAUGGAGAUUCUGACAUCAAUUUGGUCCUAGAUGAGUUAUUUGAGAAGCUAAUCCCACUAAUAAAUAUAUAUAAAGUGAGAUUUGAUGUGGAAUCUUUUAUAAGAUUUGCAGAUGUGCAACGUAAAUCGCCGAGUUUAGAAACAGUAAAAGGGGCUGAAAAGGAUAAAACUGACUCCGGUUUGAACAAUAAAAAAAAUUUUAAAAGGCUAUUAAACUUUGUGGUAUUAUAUUUAUUAGAACUUCUACAGGAUGAAAAACACUUUGAGGCAAGUUUGGAUAGGCUAGUUGACCUCCUGGAUGCUGAUAGUUUUCCAAAAACAGGCAAAAACACUCGUAAAUCUACGGAAUUUAUGCACCUGUUCCUAUUGUCACUUUUCUACGGGAACUACUAUCACCUGGGCAUAGUACAGCACUAUUUGCUGAACAGCAGACACACGUUGAACCUACCGCAAUGUCUUAGCAAUGUGAUAAAGCACAUGGAUAGAACAGGUGCGCUUAAAAGGCUCUUGAAUAGGGCUCCAAGUAAGGACGAAGAAUUGGAUGAAAGGUUCGAAGAAAGGUUCCUGAUCUUCGUGACGAAGUUGAACACGCCGGAGAUGUACAGAAAAAACCAAGGCAAGGCAGAAGUGCUCAAAAUACCCAGAAAGGACCUGGGACUGAGGAACCCGGUGACGCAAAAGAGUACUUCUGGCUAUGACGAUGACAGUGACGACGACCAAGACGGCUAUGUCAACAGCGACGAGGACAGCAACGUCAGCUCUGACAGCGUUGAGGAAGAGGAGUACGGAAACGACUACAUAAAGCUAUGGCAAGCGAUAUUGGACCAAAUGAUAUACAGAGUGAGCACCAGGAACCUGGUGAUAAUACUGGAGAGUCUGCCGACGAAGGCGUUCCCCUACAUCUACAGUCCGCUCAAGGUGGCAAAUUUCCUGCACACACUAUCGAUAGGAGCCGCUGACGUGGUGAUCAACAGCCUCAACUGCCUGUUUGAGCUAAUACUCUACUACAACCUCACGGAUCAAGUAGUGGCUUCGUUUGUCGCUGAGUCGAGAAGCGGCAGUGAAAAUCAGGCUCCCUACGAACUGGACUGGUUCUACAAACGACUCGACAGACUGAUAGACUUCGAGUAUCUGUCAAGCGGCUCGAGCGUAGUGUUGCUGUCCCUGGUAGAAAGGGCACUUAACAGCUCAAUGUUGCCGAACAAGCUGGUGUCGUACUUCAUUAAGAGGCUGGUGGCCACUUCAACGGUAGUUGACACUGCCUGCUGCAACUCGCUGCUGGUGAUAGCCCUGCGGCUUCUGCAGAAGCACCACCAUCAGCUGGUGCAUCAGAUCAGCACGCACGCCGCCGCCAACGGCCCCAACGACUCGCUGUUUCUGCACGAGCUGUACCUGCUCCUGCACCACUUCAACAACGACACUAUUAAAAUAGUGGGAGUGUACUUCACACACCUAAAGAACAAAAUCACUUUCAGCCUCGGGGACUUUAUAGGAGCGCAAAAGGACACGAAACACAUAGAAAAGAGUAAAAAUACACACUACAACCCUUUUAGGGCCAACAUUCAGAACACGACCACAGUAAGCAGGUCCUUUUUCAGGUGA